UCUUGUAUUCUCACUCUGCCUCUCAUUACAUGGUAGAUGCUUCAUAAAUUUCAUUAAUUAAAUUAGACCAGAUCGUAAAAUUCCCCAAAUUUGGAGUUAUCCUUAUUCAGGCAUGCCAUCUGCUGGUUCCCUGGUGUAUCUGUUAGUCGGCCUGAAUUCCUUAAUCCAAUAAAUUAAAAUUCAUGUUGAAGCAUUGCUGAGUUUGUGUGUUGGGCAAUUUUCCCACGUUCUUCCACUUCCUGCGUGCAGGUGCUAUUCUUUCAUUGAACCUCUCCAGAAUUGUUUUUCCUGCAACCUUCUUUUACCUGUUGGCCACUCUAAAAACCCGGAGAAACGGAGUUUACGUUUCAGAACCCUGGAGUGACCAGAACGAUAUAACUGGGCAUGCUCAGUAGGUUGGCCUGAUUUGGAACAUACUUAGAGCUUGAAUGGGGGCAUUUAAUGCUGUUUGUUUCAGGAUUGGCUGCAUAUUCGUCCUAGCAUUAUAUUGAGAGAUGGCAGCCUUUCCCACCCUCUGGGCGCUCCCACUUUUCCAUUUCGUCCGUGUGCCCAAUUUUGGAACCAGCCCUCUAGGAUCUCCCGGCCAAUCAAGAGACCACACAUUGUUGCCUAAGAGACCCCGGAUGCCAGCGAAAAGAUUUAUAGGUAGUGAUUGGACUACUGGAAGGGGGGUGCUAGACGGAGUCACAGAAACAGGAGCUAUGGCAACACCAGCGCUAGAGGCUUGAGGAGAAAGACUUGAAGAGAAAGACUUAAAGAGGUGUAGUUUUUCUUACAGAAGAAUAUCCAGUUAUUUCAUGAUGGCAUUUGCACCUCCAAAAAACACAGAUGGUCCCAAAAUGCAGACAAAGAUGAGUACCUGGACACCCCUAAACCAUCAGCUUUUGAAUGACCGAGUAUUUGAAGAAAGAAGAGCUCUGCUUGGAAAAUGGUUUGACAAAUGGACAGACACUCAGAGGAGAAGAAUCCUGACAAGCCUGUUAGAACGCUGCUCCCUGUCACAGCAAAAGUUCUGCUGUCGAAAGCUUCAGGAGAAAAUUCCAGCAGAAGCUCUGGAUUUUACUACCAAGCUGCCAAGGGUGUUAUCUUUAUAUAUCUUUUCUUUCCUGGACCCUCGAAGCCUUUGUCGUUGUGCACAGGUGAGCUGGCACUGGAAGAACUUGACUGAACUGGAUCAGCUCUGGAUGCUAAAAUGUUUACGGUUUAACUGGUACAUCAAUUUCUCCCCAACCCCCUAUGAGCAGGGUGUAUGGAAGAAGCAUUAUAUUCAAAUGGUGAAAGAACUCCAUGUUACCAAGCCCAAGACACCUCCAAAAGAUGGGUUUGUGAUCGCGGAUGUUCAACCCAUUAGAAGCAGUUCUCCAGGGGGAAAGCUGUCUCCUUCAUCCGCUUUCCGAUCCUCUUCCUCUUUAAGAAAGAAGACCCACCCAGGGGAGAAAGAACUCCCACCUUGGAGGUCUUCUGACAAGCAUCCAACUGAUAUCAUUCGCUUCAAUUACCUGGACAACUGUGACCCCAUUGAACACAGCUGGCAAGGAAGAAGGAAAAGACAUGAAAUGACCCCAGCUUUCAACCGACAGUCACAUGAUAAGAAAAAUAAAUCACAGGACAGAUCUAAACUAAGAAAAGCACAGUCGCUGAGCUCCUUAAAUGCAGAACCCAGGGCCUCCCUACAAGUUCCAGCUCACCUUGCUUGGCUUCCUCACCAGCCACUGGGCCUCCCAGCCACUGAAGCACCAACAAAAACUCUCACAUGGCAUCUCCAGAGGCUCUCUGGACUUCAGUCAUCACCCCAGGCCUUCCAGCAGCAGCUGAUGUGAAAAAAUGCGAAAAGAUUUUUCCAAAAACGACAAGAUGCUCUACACAGAGACUUGGAUGUCACGUGGAUCCUUGCUUAGAAACGGCUUAGGAACCUUAUUGUGAAAGCGAGUCCUGCAGUGUUUCAGGAACAGGUAUUCAUUGCACAAACAUUGACAUAUUUAUAAACUUAGGAAUGUGAUGAUAGACACCGUGGAGUGGAUAAAGGGACAUAUGAUAAGUGUCCUUGGUGAGGUUGGCUGUGUGAGACCAGGUCCGAGAAGGAUAUAACCAGCACAUCCCCAGGGCUCCACAAGCGGUUUAGUGAUGGGACGACUGACCAUGGUGUCAUAGUUUGCUGGGGCUGCUGUAACAAAGUCUUAGUCCAUUUAGGCUGCUGUGACAAGCGUACCAUUGAUAAGUGGGCCUCCCUGAUGUCUCAGAGGUAAAGAAACAGCAUGCAAUGCAGGAGACUUGGGUGUGAUCCCUGGGUUGGGAAGAUGCCCUGGAGAAGGAAAUGGCAACCCACUCCAGUAUUCUUGCCUGGGAAAUCCCAUGGACAGAGGAGCCUGGUGGGCUACAGCCCACAGGGUCACAAAGAGUUGGACACGACUGAGUGAUUAGACCACCACCACCAUUGAUGAGUGGUUUAAAAACAACAGACAUAUAUUUUCUGGAGGCUGGGAAGUCCAAGAUUAAGAUGUGGGCAGGGUUGGUUUCUUCUGAGGCCUCUCUCCUUGGCUUGCAGAUGGCUGCCUUCUCCCUGUGUCCCCACAGACUGUCUUCCUUUUCUGCAUGCCGAUGUCCUCAUCUUCUCUUACUGUGUAUAUGCUAAGUUGCUCAGUUGUGGCCGACUCUUUGCCACCCCAUGGACUGUAGUCCACUAGGCUCCUCUGUCCAUGGGAUUCUCCAGGCAAGAAUAAUGGAGUGGGUUGCCAUGCCCUCCUCCAAGGUGAUCUUCCAGACCCAAGGAUCGAACCCACAUCUCUUAUGUCUCCUGCAUUGGCGGGUGGGUUCUUUCCCACUAGUGCCACCUGGGCCUCUUAUUAUAUGGACACAAGUCAGGUUGGAUUAGGGUCCACCUGUACGACUUUGUUUAACUUUAAUUACCUUUUUGAAGACACUCUCCUAAGACAGUCACAUUCUGAGAUCUUGGGGGUUAGAACUUCAACAUAGGAAUGGGGGGCAGGGGUUACAACUCAACCCUUAGCUCACACUGUGGGCAAGGUAAAGAGAAUCAAGACGAAUGGAGAAGCCACUGGGAACUAUUAACAGCAGAAGCCUCUAUCAUCCUCGGGCCUGGAGAAACAAAAGAGAAAGGGCAUGCUAUUCCUAGAACCCAUCCAGAGCUGUGGUCAUAGGAGGGGGGCUGCCCAGAGAAGGUGCUAUAUGACAGAGGAAGGCACCCAUGGUGGAGACCAGGCUGUGGCAGAGAGGGAAGGAGAAGACCCACCCCUCUCUCUCCUCGCCCUUCACACGCCUCCCUUCACACUCUGAUAGUGCUUCCCUUGGUCAAGAGCCGAGAAAGAGGAGCUGAGAACAGCGAAGCCUGGAGGCUACAGCUUGUAGACAGCAGGCUUUGAGGCAGGGAACGGGCUGACAAAUGUGGCCAGGGGUGGGAGGGGAGCAGUGGGAUUUGAGUGGGACGAUGAAGAAUCACCAGCUCAGUGGAGAAAACAAAGUCAUUUCCAAAGGAGGAAUUAAUUAUGCAUACUCAGGUAACAUAAAUGGGCUUUAAAGUGUCAUCGGAAAACAGAAAAUGCUACUUAGCUGCAAAAAAUAUUAGUCAUACAUUCGAAACUGAACCACGUAUUCAUGUAACCAUUUCCAGUCCCAGAAGUUACUAUUCUAAGAUACUUGUUUGCAGAAGUAAAGCAGAAUGAGAGAAAAAUAAGUUUGUCAAUCUUGUCAUGUUAAACACUUAUGUUCUUAAAAUAGGAUGGGAAGUAUUACUGGAACUAUUUUGGAAUAGAAAGCAGCUCUCUGCCUCAGGAGGGUGCCUGUGUGACCGCACCCAUCAACGGUCACAGCAUGGUUAUAUGAACUGGGUACGUCCCCUGUGUUAUCAUGCCAGGGCUGCCAUAACAAAAUACCAUAGGCUGGUGGCUUCAACAACAGAAAUUUGUUUUCUCACCAUUCUGGAGGCUGGAAGCCUGAGACCCAGUGUUGACAGGGUGGAUGUCUGCUGAGAGCUCCCUUUGGGUUGCCUUUUCAAUGUGUGCUCCCAUGGUCUUUCCCGGGUGACUUUGCAGGGGGAAAAAGCGAGGGGAUGGAGGGAGGGGGAGAGAGAGCGAUUUCUUGGUGUCUCUUCUUUUUUUUCCUAAGUUCAAAUCAUCCUGAUUUUAUGAUCACAGAAAUACUACAAAUAUCCACAAUUGGUGAACACCAUUAUAACAAAUACAGAUAGAAGGAUGGAUAGAGAGCUACACAGAUAGAGUGACUGUAACAGGAAUAGGCUCAAUCUGCACGUGCUGUUUUUAAAGUGUAGUGUUGAAUUUAGCGUUACUUGAAUUUUUAAAAAAAUUUAUUUGACCACAUCAGGGCUUAGUUGCGGCAUGUGGGAUCUUUAGUUGAAGCAUGUAGGAUCUAGUUUGCUGACCACGGAUCAA